CGCGGGGGAAGGGUGUAAACAUCACAAAAGUGUCGUUUUUAGGAGGGAAAUCCAACAAAGGGGUUACAUUUAACAAUGAAACAAGAAAAUCUAAAAAGGUACGACAUAACUAGAAAAGUAAAACAUUAAAAAAUGAAUGCCUCGAGUUGAAUUGAAGCUCGUUUUUCUCAUUAAAAAGACGACUGAAUUUUGCGAUGUCAGAGUUUACACAUUCGGAAAUACAAUGAAUACGCCAUGUUAGAAUUAAUGUCAAAUAAUCAUCUAAUAAUAAUUAAACAAUACUAUUAUUAUAUAGUCUCAUUUCUUGCACAGAAACCUUAUAUGCGGUGUUAAAAUGUCAUAUGUCGCAGAGCCUUCUCCAUCGCUGCCCCCACCCUCUGGAACUCACUACCUAAACCCCUCCGUGACUGCUCUGACCUCCCCACCUUCAAGAAAGGACUCAAAACUCACCUGUUCAAAAUCGCUUUUAAUGCUUGAUUUUAUGUUGUAAAUUUUUGUGAUAUUUUAUUAUUGUUUCCACUGUGAAGCGACUUUGAGUGUCCUGAAAAGCGCUGUAUAAAUAAAAUUUAUUAUUAUUAUUAUCAAUUCCUUUCUUACAGCACCCCUUUCACACCAGUAAAAUGAUCAGGUCAAACACUAGUUUACACAUUUGCAAAUACGUAAUGCUUUUGUCAUAUUAAUCCCAAAAUAAUACUUAAUUUUUAAUGCUGUCUAUGAAGUUUAAGUUGCAGAAAUUGCCUUAUAAUAGCACUAAACAAUAGGGCUGUUAGGUGAAAGCGGGAAACAAGACUUUGCAUCAGUAAAAUCCAGUUUCUUCGCGUGUUAGUGUUGCGUCUGUGGUCAGUCAGAGAGUUCCGUAAGAGCCUGUUUUGAUGCGUUUGUAAGUUUCUUUGGUUUGGUAACACUUUUCUCAGCCGUUUUCUUCUUUGGAUUUCCCGCUGUCAAACCCGGAUGUGACGUACUUUACGUCAGUUCUGAUUGGCUGUCUGUCCUCUACCAGUUAAAUCCCCACGAACCACAAUAUUCUGUUAAAAACUCCAGAUAAAUGCGUCUUUUCGUUUGACAUUUGAGUGCGAUGCGGCCAGAGCCGUAUCUGUUGAUGUUAUUGUAAAAUAAAGUGAUUCUAAGAUAUCCCUUAUUAGUUUUUGAGCCGUUUCCCUCCGCACUUUCAUAAGCCCCGCACUAAACGUGAGCUCUGAUUGGCUGCGUGAGAUUGGCUUUACGUUCCAGCGCCAAGAUUUCAAUAAAAAGCGAGCGGACAAGUGGCGCUUCAGUCUCUCUUGGUCUUCUCCUCUGUCCGCUCCUUUAGCUUUACUUUAGCGCUUUUAGUUCCCGCUUUUAUUUCCCACUUUUAUUUAUUAUAUUUAUUGUUUCGUGGCGUUUUAACUGAACCGCAGAGAUGCUGUCCGCGCGCUCUCCUCUGUCUGUGAAGAAUGAAAACGCUGUGAGCAGCAAAAUGAGCUCCUUGAACCUGGACAAAGAGAACACGCCUCCCAGCCUGAACAGCACCCGAAUCUUGGCUUCGAAAACUGCUCGGAAAAUCUUCUCUGACUCCACGCCAAAGUCGGGGCACAAGUCUAUGUCUCAGGAGGAGCCUCUGCUGAAGGAGAACCCACGGCGCUUUGUCAUCUUCCCCAUUCAAUACCACGACAUUUGGACCAUGUACAAGAAGGCCGAGGCCUCCUUCUGGACGGCAGAGGAGGUGGACCUGUCCAAAGACCUGCAGCACUGGGAGUCUCUGAAGGACGACGAGAGGUUCUUCAUUUCUCAUGUUUUGGCCUUUUUCGCCGCCAGCGACGGCAUCGUCAACGAGAACCUGGUGGAGCGCUUCAUGCAAGAGGUGCAGGUAACGGAGGCGCGCUGCUUCUAUGGAUUCCAGAUCGCAAUGGAGAACAUCCACUCUGAGAUGUACAGCCUGCUCAUCGACACCUAUAUCAAGGACUCUCAAGAGAGAGAGUACCUGUUCAACGCCAUCGAGACUCUGCCCUGCGUCAAGAAGAAGGCCGACUGGGCUAUUAACUGGAUCGGCAACACGAACGCCACCUACGGGGAGCGUGUGGUGGCCUUUGCUGCUGUGGAGGGGAUCUUCUUCUCUGGAUCGUUCGCCGCCAUUUUCUGGCUGAAGAAACGAGGCCUGAUGCCCGGACUGACUUUCUCCAACGAACUUAUCAGCCGCGACGAGGGUCUUCACUGUGACUUUGCCUGCCUCAUGUUCAAACAUCUGGAGAACAAGCCCAGCUCCUCCACCGUGGAAUGCAUCAUCAGGGACGCUGUCUCCAUCGAACAGGAGUUCCUGACGGAAGCGCUGCCCGUGAAGCUGAUCGGGAUGAACUGUGAGCUCAUGAAGCAGUACAUCGAGUUUGUGGCCGACCGACUUCUGCUCGAGCUCGGCUUCAGCAAGUUGUACCGAUCAGAGAACCCGUUUGACUUUAUGGAGAACAUCUCUCUGGAGGGAAAAACCAACUUCUUUGAGAAGAGAGUGGGAGAGUAUCAGAGGAUGGGCGUCAUGUCCGGGACCAGCGACAACACCUUCAGACUGGAUGCAGACUUCUGAGCAGCCAGGGUCAGUCUGUCUGACUCGCAGACAGCCAGGUGGAGUACUCCGUCUCGGAGAGCCAACCUGUCCCCACUGCAGCUAAUCGCAGCACUCUAGAGACUGACCAAUCAAAGACCUGCUGAAACCCUUUGAGGUCAACAAAGCCCCAAGUUUCAUUUUGCACUGAACUUUUAUCAAAAUCAGACGUUUGCCUCAAAGUGUCUAGUAUUGUCCCGAUUGUUAUUUUAAUUUUACUUCUCAAAUGUUUUUGUUUCAAGCUCAACUUUUCCACCCUGUCUCGUCUUACUCUACUGAAGAUGAGACUUUGAAAUAUUUGAGGCCAGGUAUUUUCUUUCAAACUGGUUAAAGUCAUAUGAAUCAAGUUUUUAGAUUCUUGUAUUCUUCAUGGGUCUGGUUCAAAUAAGUGUGUAUUUAAGUGGGUACUGCAGUAGCACUAACCUGAGAGGCUGGUGGUUGGAUUCCCUUUCUCAUAAUCGCUUAAGGCCUUUGUCUUUGAAGAAGGGACCUCUAGCCCCACUUCAUGUUCUGUUGUAUUUGCUGAGUGAAUGAGAGUUGUGCAGCUGUGUUUGGACCUUAGUAGAGUUUUAAUGCUUUAGAUGUUUUAUAUAUAUUUUUUCUGUACAUAUUUUAGUAAUGAAAUGAAGGACUGCUCAGUUCUAACCUGUCUUCAAUUUAGUCACUCCACACGUUAGACAAAAACAAAUGUGUUACUAGUGUUGAUUCUGAAAUCUCAAACUCAAUUUCAAUGCUAAAGAAUGUACUUGAUUUUGAAACCACUGUUAUGGAAAAUUAUUACAUUGCUUGGUGAAUAAUCCAUUUGCCAAGCCUGGUGAGUUAUGAAACAUAAAAAGGUUUAUUCUUUGUUACAACAGAUGUGGACAGGGCCAGGUCUGCCCUGGCUGCAGACUGGUAGCUGCCCGUUCUCCCAAGCGAGGCUCUUGAGUCUCUGAGCAUCCUUCCCAGACCAUUUAUACCAGAAAAACAAGCAUACAUGACAAAAGCAGGGUCACAUCUGUUCAUGACAAACUUUCCUGGAGGAUGGGACAGAGCCUUCACACAUGUGAAUGUCUGGAUCUGACAGACUGACACAGAUGAAAUGCAUUUACAUAAAGACAUAUAGGAAUAUUUUCUUCACAACAUGACUGCAGUUAAAUUUCCAUGACACCACAAUGACAAUAACAACCCCUUUUUAGACAAUAUACUGUGAUUUUCCACAUUCAUUGUUGGUACUUUGUGUUCUAUUCCCAUGUGUG